CAUGCAGUCAUGCUUGAGCUUGAAUGAAGAACUCGGGCUGUUAUAUUCAGGGUCUUGGGAUAAAACUUUGAAAGUUUGGCGGCUGGCGAACUCGAAAUACUUAGAAUCCAUUGAUGCUCAUGACGACGCUAUCAAUUCCGUGGUGGCCGGAUUCGAUAGCUUGGUGUUCACGGGAUCGGCUGAUGGGACAGUCAAGGUGUGGAAGAGAGAGUUACAAGGGAAAGGGACGAAACAUUUCCUGGUUCAAGUGUUGUUGAAGCAAGAGAACGCGGUGACCUCAUUGGCUGUGAACCAAGAAUCGGGUGUUCUGUACUAUGGUUCGUCGGACGGUCUUGUCAACUUCUGGGAACGUGAGAAUCACCUUUCACAUGGCGGGAUCCUAAGGGGCCAUAAAAUGGCUGUUCUCUGCUUGGCCACGUCUGGGAAUUUGGUGUUUAGCGGGUCAGCCGAUUGGAGCUUAUGCGUGUGGAGACGAGAAGAAGGUGGGGUUCACAAAUGCCUCUCGGUCUUAACCGGUCACAACGGCCCCGUAAAAUGCCUAGCCGUCGAAGAAGAUGACCGAACGUCCACCAAGACCGACCGUAAGUGGAUUGUUUACAGUGGGAGCCUCGAUAAAUCCGUCAAGGUCUGGCGCGUUUCUGAACACGCGCCAUAUAUGAAGGAGAUUGACGAUGUCAUGGUAAUGGGGAAGAGAUGAUGAGCUAGUUGCUAAUGUCACGGACUAAACAAUUGGGUCC